AAUUUAGAACAAAAUCAACCAACAUGACAUCAGCUACGACGAGCCUCAAUAAUCAAUUUAGAAAGAAAAAAAAUAAAAUAAAAAUUCAAGUUUUCCCCAAUUUGUUUGCUCUUAGAACCCUAACUACAAUUUUGAAUUUCAACAAACAAUUUUUGAUAAUUAAGAGCCGGUCCUUCUACCACGUCUCAAAUCAGACACCGUCGUCCACCCACCACUCGCCGCCGUCUGCCGCCCAACCACAAUUGAGUCUCUCUCUCUCUCUCCGGUUACCGUAUUAGGCUAAUUUCCCAUCAAUUACAGUCACAAUUGAUCAAAAUAGUUGAUUAUGGCGUGGGUAGCAUUAGUCUUAUCAGUGAUUGCGAUCUGGUUUGCUUCUCUUCUCAAAAUUCUUCAUGGAUCUUCUUCCUCCUCGAAAGCAGCAUUCCUGGAUGAUGGUGGGAAUUCUCGAAGGCGAAACGUCUUGCUGGCCAUCGCGCAUCCCGACGACGAGUCUAUGUUCUUUGCUCCAGUUAUCAAUUACUUAAUUUCAAGGGGUCAUAAUAUGCAUGUACUAUGCAUGUCAACUGGCAAUGCAGAUGGCAUGGGAAAUAUUAGAAAAGAAGAGCUUUACCUGGCUUCUGCCGUUUUGAAGAUUCCAACCAAGCAAGUGAAGGUUCUAGACCAUCCCGAUUUUCAGGAUGGUUUUGGCAAAGUAUGGGAUUCUAACUUAUUGGCAAGCAUUAUUGAUAAGGAAACACGUCUCCAUUCUAUUGAUUUGGUCAUUACUUUUGAUGAUUAUGGUAUCUCUGGACAUUGUAACCACCGCGACGUGCAUCGAGGAGUAAGAAAGCUAUUGCACGAUUCUUCAAGAAAACAUCUAGAAGCAUGGGAACUUGUAAGCACGAACAUAGUGCGCAAGUACAUUGGACCAGUCGAUAUUUGGCUAUCUAUAUUAUUCGCCAGACACCAGAAAAGCGGAGAAUCACAUUGCUUGCUCAACUUAGAUCCCCGUAAAAGUUAUUCCGCAAUGGCUCAGCAUUCUAGCCAAUGGGUUUGGUACCGGAAACUUUUUGUUGCGUUUUCAAGCUGUUCAUAUGUUAAUACGUUGAAGAAAAUCGAGUAAUAUUGGAUCGUGUUUCAAAACGAUUACUUUUGAUGUUGUUGUUGCAUAAGAGUUGAACAGUCAAAAUUGUAGAGUUUCUUUGAUCUGAAUUAUGUAUAACUUUUAUUGAUAAUUAGAGAGAAAUUAUCAAGGUGGUAUCAUUCUUUUCA